AUGGCUGAACAAAAGGUUCCAAUCGACGAAGUUGUUCGUCAAAUAUCCAAUACUCUAACAAAACAUGGUGAGGUUAUCCAACGUAUUCAAGAAACAUUAGGCUCUAUACAACCACAACUUGAUUCUCAAAUCACCACAGUUCGUGAAGAAACUCAACAACAAUUACAAUGGUAUUGUCAACUUUAUAUCACAAAUACGGUUCCCACCAAUUGGGAUCAAUUCAUAACUCGUUUCCUUGCUCAGUUUCAUUCUCCGAUUCGAGCAGCACAGCAGGAACAAGAAUGGUCAGAUUGUAAACAACAAAAAAACGAAACCAUUAAUGAAUUUGUUGUUCGUCUACGAUCACUUUGGCUUGAACAAAAAUCUGACGAAAAAGAAUCAGAAUUCAUUAAACACCUGUUUUGCAAAAUGCGACCCGAUAUUUUGACCCUUAUGAACGCCUCUCGCUCAGCCUCCCUUGACGAAAUAAUUGUCGAAGCUCAACAAGUCGAAGAAAUCCUUUAUCUCAGAAACAAAGAAUUACGUUUACGAAACACACCUCGAUCUAAACCAAUGUUCACCAGAACUAAUACUACACCUCUUAUGUCACUAUCUACGCCGACUCAUCAUUCACCACGUAACGCAUAUCCUGUGUCAACCGCCCAAUCUAAUCCCACUUGCUGGCGUUGUUAUGAAACUGGUCAUUAUGCAUCAAACUGCCCUCUCAACGACGCCAAACGAACCUUCGAAUCAAAUGACUUCGGUUCACAACCCCUACCCCCUCGUUCAAAAAACACAUAA